AUGCAUAUUCGAGAAAAGCUCGCGCAGAAGCAGGCGGCGGGGGAGCCUGGUAUUUCCUUCGAAUUCUUUCCUCCCAAGACCGCUCAAGGUGUACAGAACCUUUAUGACCGUAUGGACCGCAUGCACGCCUUAGGUCCUGCUUUCAUUGAUGUCACAUGGGGUGCUGGUGGCCGACUAUCAGACUUGACCUGCGAGAUGGUCAAUGUCGCUCAGUCUGUGUACGGAUUAGAGACGUGUAUGCAUUUGACUUGUACAGACAUGCCGCGGGAGAAGGUGGACCAGGCCCUGGACUCGGCUUACAAGGCUGGAUGCACAAACAUCCUUGCCCUGCGUGGGGAUCCCCCGCGUGAGAAGGAGACAUGGGAAGCUACCGAUGGCGGUUUCCGCUAUGCGAAGGAUCUUGGCGCCGACGACAACCCGGAUGUUGACCAAUUGAUUGACCAUCUCAAGGAAAAAGUCGACGCGGGUAGCACCUUCGUGAUCACUCAGAUGUUUUAUGAUGCGGAAAACUUCAUUGAGUGGGUUAAGAAGUGCCGCGCUAAGGGCAUCACUGUUCCAAUUAUCCCGGGAAUCAUGCCAAUCCAAACAUAUGCUGCUUUCAUUCGUCGUUCUAACUGGACAAAGGUCCGUGCGCCCCCGGAAUGGAUGGCGGAGCUAGAGCCGGUCAAGAACGACGAUGCUGCCGUGCGGGAUAUCGGAAAGCGGCUGAUUGCUGAGAUGUGUCGCAAGCUUCUCGCAUCGGGCAUCAACCACCUCCACUUCUAUACGAUGAAUCUCGCCCAGGCAACCAAGUUAGUUCUGGAAGAGCUCGGUCUUGCGCCUUCAGACGGAUCGCCUAUCCAGAGAUCUUUGCCAUGGCGCCCAUCUCUUGGCCUGGGCCGCAGAUCAGAGGAUGUACGACCAGUGUUCUGGCGUAACCGUAACUCUUCUUAUGUUGCUCGCACUCAGACCUGGGAUGAAUACCCCAACGGACGAUGGACUGAUUCUCGCUCACCGGCCUUCGGUGAACUCGAUGCUUACGGUGUCGGCUUGAAGGGCUCUAAUGAACAGAACAUCAAGCUAUGGGGCGAACCCAAGUCGGUCAGGGAGCUUUCUGACAUAUUCGUGCGCUUCAUAAACGGAAAACUUGAGCGUUUGCCCUGGAGUGAUACCGGGAUCACGAUCGAGGCAAAUGAAAUUAAGCAAAACCUUGUCGAUCUGAACAGGAGAGGAUUCCUCACCAUCAACUCUCAGCCCGCCGUGAAUGGUGUCAAAUCUUCGCAUCCAACCUAUGGAUGGGGCCCUAAGAAUGGGUUUGUCUACCAAAAAGCAUACCUCGAACUUUUCGUUCCUUCCCACUUGAUCGAUGAACUGAUCUCGCGCAUCGAAGCCAACGAAGACCUCACUUACCAUGCUGUAAACAAGAAUGGAGAGCUGCGUACCAACACCCGUGACAGCCCGAAUGCUCUGACUUGGGGUAUCUUCGCCGGGCGAGAAAUCAUUCAGCCUACCAUCACAGAGACCAUCAGUUUCUUAGCAUGGAAGGAUGAAGCUUAUCGUCUGGGCGAAGACUGGUCUAAAUGCCAUGAUGCAGCCAGCCCGACUCGUCAACUGCUUCAAGAUUUCGUGAAUGAUCGGUACCUCGUCAACAUCGUCGACAAUGACUUCCACCGAUCGAACGUAGUCUUCGAACUGUUCAACGGCCUUGAGGUCAAGGACCUUGACGUCCAAGCCGAGGGCAAAUCAGAUGCUAACGGUACAACUGGUGCCGUAGCUUCAAACUGA